UACAUUUGCAGACUAAAACUGCAUUUAAAAUUCACAGUAAAGACUUGGCUCACAAGUGGCACAGAUUGGAUCACUGUCAGCCAGGAAAAGACCCCUUAGUGUUCAGAACACAAUCCAUAGUAAACCCACUGUCUUUAUGACUGCUUUAGGAGCAGUUUGUUCUCUGACUGGACUUGACUGCAUUUAAUUGACUGAAUGACUGCAUCAGACAUGGUAUGCACAUAGAAUUGGAUAUGAUUUCUGUUCGACCUGCUUCCCUAGAGUGAGUAAGGUCUAACUGCACAGUCUAUGAAUUGAACUCAUUUCCUGAAUUCAGUUCCAAAUGCUCAGCCACUCCUCAGCCAUUUCUGCACAGGGCUUGUAGUAAUCCAUAACAUUCAUCUUUCUGAACAUAUUUCCUUUUCAACUUCACUCAGAUAUAGCCGUCAUAGCUUUUGCUAGUGGAGCUGCGGUUGAAUUCUUUGAAAUUCUUUUUAGAGGAAUUACAGUUUUUCUGAGGAAUGAAAGACCUUCCCCUUGGACUACAGAGAGCAUAACCAAGAUCCACACAGCAGCGCGGCAAGCUCACGGACUCCUGACUGAGAUGAAACAUACUGUACAAAGAGAUGACGGGCUGCUGUUCUUCCCUGAGUUGUGUCUGUCCAUCAAGAGCAAAGCCUGCAAUCUUGGGAGGGUGAGGGGUCUGCCUCCUCGUGGCAAAAACAUCAGAUAGCUCCUCGGUGGACAUAAUAGAGGUCAUCAAGAAACCAGUUGGUGUCUGCAAAAUCAAUGAAGAAGAUGAAACAAUGGCAAUCAUAGACCUGCCUCUCAAAACUACAAAGGCAUCUUAUGGACAUCCACUAACUUAGGUUGAGGAAACAACACAGCAUACAAUGACAGAAUUAAUACCAGAGAACCUGCAGACCCAGGAGUCCCAACUGGCCUGCUGUGAAGAGUCAACCACGCAAACUCAUGAAUUUCUCGUAGACUCUAGCUCCCCAUCUACAGCUCACAUGCAGGACAGCCCAGAAGGUCUUCCCCUGGCUCAAGAAUCCCCUGAGGUGAAACGGGUUGAUGCAUGUCAUGAUCCGGACAAAGAGGACGUAGUUCCAGCUCUGGUUGUCACAAAGACCAGUGAGGCAGCAAAGCUGAACAGAGGCCCUGGGAUACCACAGGACGAGCGAAGAGAGACAGACACUCAGUUUGGUCACACCACUAUUGACCACCACUGCAGUGAUGCAGCAUAUCUCAGCUGCUCAGACCUCCAGUCUCUGCGCAGUGAUACAUUGUCCUUGGCAAGUGAGGCUGCUAUCUCAGCAAAGAGUGAUGAACAGGAGUGUCUGGAGGAUGAUACGCAGAGUGUCACUGCAUCUUCCAUCACAUCUCUGUUCCACCGUCUUCAGAUGGAUCCUUUAGAAAGGGAUUGGCUGCGCUGUGCAGCUUUGGGAAACACUCCUGCUCUCCACCAGCUCUUGGAACAGGACCCAACACUGGCCUCUAGAAAGGGGACAGCGCUCCACUGGGCAGCCAAGCAGGGCCGUCUGGAGACAGUGGACAUGAUGGCCAGGGCCGGUGCGGACGUCAACCUGAGAUCGGGUUACACUGCACUCCACUUGGCUGCCCUGCAUGGACACCCUCACAUCAUCCAGCUCCUCAUCAAUAACUACAAUGCCAAGGCCAACAUCAGAGACUACCAUGGGAAAAUGGCGGUGCAUUACUGGACUGGCAGCACGGAUGUCUUCAAUAAGCCAGGCUCUCAGUCAGGUGGGAAGUGGUCAAGAGGAAGGCGAGCCCAGAGGUACACCCAUUUCUCCUCUCUGCUGAUGUCUCGCUCGCGGAGCCAAGGCCAUCUGAACAUGGAGCUGGACACUCCGCCCCUGUCUCAGGCCCGUGCCCACUCCCCGUCCUGAAGCUCCCCACUCACACGUCCAGUCAGGGGACUUCCCCCGGGAGCUGAGGACCUCCCCAUCAUACUGGUCCUUCUCACAUCAUGCCACUCAGCACUUACUGAAGGAAAAAGCAGACAUCUCACCUUUAACUUCAGUGAAGCUCAGACCUCUAACAUGGCAUGUAGAUAUUUUUUUUUAGUAAAAACGUGGUGGGAAAAUGUAUAGUUAUGAAUAUUUAACUUUGGUUCUCUGAAGGAAAACAUGAGAUGUUAACCAAUGGGAAGUCAUCACCGCAUGACUUCAUCAAUCUGAAUCUCCAAUCACUUGUCUUUGAGAACUUUUCAGGCCUAACACUAUAUGAGGGCUCCCAUCAGUAAACUAGUCCUCUUUUCAAUCUUCGAGAAACCAACAUAUUUUGCCUUCUUUUAGCCUGUUUUUUUGUCUAUGUUUUGGUAAAUAUGGCAACCUUAAGGGCAGAACAAAUACUAUACUCCAGUAUUCAUACAAGGCCUAGUGCCAGAUAGUUCUAAUGAUAUCUGAUAUACCACAGUCCACUUCAGUGGAGUUGUGUAAUUAGGCUGUCAGCAGAGCCUUGGUGCCUACAGCCUGCAGUGUGCCAGCCCAGCCAAAAAACAUCAUCUAUUUAAACCCAAUACAUACAGAGGCAUGCGAUAGCUUGCAUGAACAAUGGCAGUGGAGGAGAAGGGGAUUGUUUGAGAGGACACGUCUCAGUAUCUUGCACAUUAUAGCAAGUCUCUGUGUUCUGUUUACCAGACACUUCUGGCUGUAAGGUGCACUCAUCUCGGCUGUGUUCUGUCCGGUGAUGUGCAGACCAUGACAGGGUCUUUUGUAGCUGCAGGUGAUUGGAGUUCAUUGUGACUGUGUGGUGGACACACACAGAUGGUCAGCUCAGGGUACGAUUUCUUCCUGAUGGAUUAUUUGGGGUAGAGUUACCUAUCUGGUGAUGCACUGGCCUCUCUCUGUGUGACUUGAAUGUCAUGUGACUGCAUAGAAGGAGACAGAGAAGAAGAGAAAUGAUGUAAGAGAAACUCAACACAAAAGGCCACACAAAUAACUGUACUUACUGUUAUUACAAGGAAUCUAUUGAGCUACAGUAUGUGAUCACUACGCCAGAUGGUACUGACAUCACAGUAAAGAAUACACACAGGUGUAAAACAUGUCGCUCUACUAGUCAAGAGACGUCUGAUAACUGACAGAAAGUCAGUCCAUUUAUCUAUUCUCAGUCAUCCAAAUGUGUUAAAUAGACAGAGUAGUCUGCAAAGAGUGUCAUUGUAUGUUUAGAGUGAUUUGGCAUAUUCAUGGUAUGGGACAUUUUAGAACACAUUUUAAUUUAUUUUGUAUUUUAUUGUAUUUUGUAUUUUGUUUUGCAUUAUCUGUGAUAGUGAGACAGAGAUGUACUGUUUCAUAUCUACUGUAUAUCUAGUAAUCCUUUAGUAG